AUGCAACAAGAUCCACGCAAUCAGGUGCCACCUUCUCCCACCAUCUCCUCCGUCUCCUCCUCCGAUCUUGAUACUGAGUCAACAGGAUCCUUCUUCCAUGACAGAAGCAUCACACUGGGGACGCUUAUGGGAUUUAGUUUCACGGCAACCAUGCCGAUGCCAUUUAGAGCUUCUUCGCACCGACACGUGUCACCCUCCGUCUCAAUCUCACGAGCUUCCAGCUCCAACGCAGCAAGACGCAACCAGAGGAAGCGUCCUCCUUCGAACUCGGCCGAGCGGCAUCGCCGCCGCAAGUGGUGGCGUUUUUGCAGAGACGACGAUGAGGACGCCGGAAUCCACCGCGGCUCCGGAGACUGUAGGCGGUCAUCGCUCGGGGAGUAUCUGGAGGUGGAACGGAGAUCUGGGGAUGAAGCCGUCUAUGGCUCCGCCGAGGCAGAGCUAGAGGGUGCGGUGGCGCGUUACCGGAAUCAGCAGCCGGUGAUGGCGGAGCGGGCGUUGUUCGCCGACGGGAGGGUUCUUCCUCCGGCUUCAGCUGAGGCGGUUACCGGAGAUGAUACGCCGGUGGCUACGGCACUUUGUAGAUUCCCGGUUUCCUUAACCGGUAUAUGCAGCGGCGGCGGAGGAUAG